AUACACGGUAGUGUUGUUGUCUAAUCUGUGUAAUGUCUAACUAAUCGGAAUACUGAACCGGUUUGCCCUUCGUUAAAGUAAUUAAGAUCUAUUUGCGGUGACGCGUUUAACUUGGAAGAUUAUGCUUAUGGAGUAGGUAAAGGUAUGAUGGGGUAUAGGUAAUAUUGUGGAUUUUGUGUCACAUGCUCAAAGUAUUAAAUUGUUGAAAUAUUAUUAUUUACAAUCGUACAGUGUUGUUGUUGCAUAGAAAAAUCAAUUUCGAUCGUUGUUUUAAUUAAUUCGUUCGUGAGUCGAGAAUUGAAUAGAAUUUCUUAGAAAUGAAACUCUGCGGUGUUUUAUUUACCACUUUGUUGGCUUGUUGCGUGGCUGUGGAAAAUUUCAAUCCUGCGGUUCCGUUGGUUCAUCGUUUGAGCUCUAGAGUAAAAAGACAGAGUAGCGGAGGCGAUCCGAAUCUCGAAGGGAUAUUUGGUGGCCAGAAUAAUAAUAAUAAUAAUAAUGGUGGUAAUAAUGGACAAUUUGGACAAUCUUCAUCGUCUGGAUCUGGUACGAGUAACGAACAACCUCAAUUUGGAUUUGGAUUUUCAGAACUUGGAGGAACGCAAUCAAACAACAACAACAACGGUGGAUUCAACAACCAAGGAUCAUUCGGAAAUAACGGCGGCGGCGGCGGAGGCGGAUUUGGUGGCAAUCAAGGAUCAUUCGGCAGUGGUUCAAAUGCUCAGAGUGUACAAAGACCUCAAACUACCCAGCGAACCCCUCUUAAUCAGAUCGCCUUGCAAACUACCAUCAGUAGUACCGACUGUUUGAGAAACUGCAGGAAUCGACUUCCUCAGCAAUACGCUCCUGUUUGCGGAAGCGAUAAUAUUUCGUACUCGAAUAGACAAGUUUUUGAUUGCUAUACACGAGAAUGUGGACAAGAUGUUAGAGUUGUGUAUGCUGGAUCUUGCGUCACUACUCGUGCUCCUCAAUAAGUAUGUUUAAGAUGAAAAGCACCAACUGUGGAUGGUUCAGUGUUGAAAUGGAUGAUUUUUAAUUUUCGUGUACUUAUCUGUUGAUUUUUUUACCUGCCUCAUGAAGAUGAUUUAUUCCACAUUAUUAUUAAGUACUUAUAAUGCGUACCUAUACUAUCGUAUUUAGAUCUAUGUACCUACCCAACCCAAAUGUACCUACUGCAUCUUAUUCAAGUGUAAAUAUUUUUUUAUACUGCAUUUCUAAAUUUUUUCAAGUUAAUAAAUUUUAUUACCUGAGAAAAACAUAUUUUGCUACAAUAAAUCGACUAUAUUUUCAA